CCAUUUGGAACCUCUUCCGUUCGGCGACACAUGCGUACAGGACGUGGAAGAUAGGCGUCAAGAGGGAUUUUCUCUGAAUUCAGUCGGUACCGAUCCAAGUAGAUCUAUUUUCCUACCUGUCAAAAUGUACAGUGCAAGACUAGUUACAUGCAGUGCUAGGUGCAUGAGAAGUGUGACACGCCAAGUAGCAAGACCUUUGAACAAUGCAGUGGUAGCUCAGAGAUGCGAGGCAAGAUCUUUCAGGACAACUGCAGCUCAACAAGACAUUGAUCAGGCUGCCAAAUACAUAGGUGCUGGGGCUGCAGCAGUUGGAGCAGCUGGAUCUGGGUCUGGUAUUGGCACAGUGUUUGGCAGUUUGAUUAUAGGCUACGCCAGGAAUCCAUCUCUAAAAAAUAAUUUAUUUACAUAUGCUGUACUAGGAUUUGCCUUGUCAGAAGCUAUGGGUCUAUUUUGUUUCCUGUUGGCAGCUGGUAUUUUGUUUGCGUUCUAAUUUACAAAGUUUUUGAGUGAACUUCAGAAAAAAAAAGCAACAAAGAAUUUGUUUUACUGACAAAAAGACUAUUAAACUAGACCAAGUUUGUGAAUAUUGGAUGUACUGACCUGAAAUAAAGGAAAAAAAGGAA